UCAGAAUCGGACAGGUUCCACAGGUGUGCUGCUGCUACACUACAGCAACAAUAAUACGCACGCAUUGAGAAAAACUCCACGAAACUGACUGCACAGAGAUAUUCAUGUUCAUUUAGUUACAGCAAUGCCAGAGUCAAACCAGCAUCACCACACAAGGAACAAAGACUACUCGAGCCAACAAAGGAGAGAUGGAGAGAGAGAGGGGGAGCACAGACAUGAGAGGAGAUACAAGGAGGACAAGAGAACUCCUGAUCGGGAAGACAGACCAUGGAGCCACAGAGAUAAACACAGGGAAUCCACUAUGUAUGAGGACACCUAUAAUCAUCGUCGAGGAGUGCCCAGUACGGUGACAUCAUACUAUGAUGACGGUGAACCACAACAUAUAGGGGCACUUUACAAUCUAAGAUACAUCACCACAAGCAGAGGCAUCUGUCAGGCCAUGGAAUUCGCCUUAAACCUGUUGAUUGUCAUCUGUGCUGGAGUGCCCUACAGUAACACUGGCCGGUAUCAAGACAUUGCCAGUUUGGGCGGUUUGUACCAAUACUAUUAUGGAGGAGCCAAUGCAUUCACUGGAGCAGAGGCUCAGAAGGUACAGCAGCUCGAUGAUCAGUUCUAUCAGCUCAAGCUUCCCCCAUACAUCUUCAGCAUGGCAUGUGGAGGGGCAUUAAUGGUUUAUGCUGGUGCUAUGUUGGCUCUGGGAGUGUUUCGUGUACCGUACCGUUUCCCUCCUCUGCUGCUUGCUGAAGCCUUGUUGGAUGUGCUUAUAGGUAUUGGUUAUAUUCCUGCUGUGGCCUUCUACUUCAUAAAGCUGCAAGAGAUCUACAACAACCCCAUCUGUAAAGAGAGGGAAGUGCUGUACACAAACAAAGGUCACAGAGGAUUUGAGUGCAAUCUUAAUGGGGCAGACAUAGCAGGGGGCUUGUUUGGUGUUCUGGGAAUUAUUAUUUUUCCCAUGAGUGCCGUGCUGGCCAUCAGAGCUUUCAUAAGAGUGCGGAAGAUGAAGCAGAGACAGACAGAAGACGGCAACCUCUGAAGGGCAUUUACACCGUUUCAUGAAGUGAUUAACAAAAGAUUUUAUCAGCAUUAAUGUGAAUGUUUGGUUACUGAUUAUACACAACUUUAAAUGGUCAAACAUAUUUUAUAUAUAGAUAUUUUUAUAAAGUUUUAAUGCAUUGAUUUUGUUUAGUACAUAUUUUAUAUGCAACCACUUAAUAAUUUUUAUAUUAUAAUAUGAUUUCCUUUGUCUUUUAUUAAUCACACAUGAAGUACUGUUACUAUUUUUCUAUUCAGGUACUCUACAUUCUUGGCUUGACUGUAAAGAGACAGAUUUGAUUGACAAUAAAAAAAAAUAUCACACAUAAAAAUUCUGAAUAUUACAUCAUUUUUAUUUCUGUUAUUUAUUCUAUGAUUUGUCUGUCUUCAAUUUUGAUGUGCAUCAACUAUCCUAUUAGAUAUUCAUAUUUUUAUUAAAGGAAUAGUUUGCCCAAAAAUUUAAUUCUCUCAUCAACUGCUCACCCUCAGGUCAUCCCAUAUGUAUAUGACUUUCUUUCUUCUGCAGAACACAAAAAUAGUUUUAGAAGAAUAUUUCAGCUCUGUAGGUCCAUACAAUUCUAGUGAAUGGCGACCAAAACGUUGAAGCUCCAAAAAGCACACAAAUGCAGCAUAAAAGUAAUCAAUACAACUCCAGUGGUUUAAUCCAUGUCUUCUGCAGUGAUCUUAUUGGUUUUGGGUGUGAACAGACCAAAAUAUAUAACUCCUUUUCCACUAUAAAUCUUGACAUCAGCAGUCUCCUUGGUGAUCAUAAUUUCAAGCUCCAUUACACUUCCUAGCACCACCUAACCCUUGAAAUCAUGAUCAUGCCUAUUGUUUGCAAUAGCAACAUGCACAGUGAAAAAGGAGUUAUAUUUUGAUCUGUUCUCACCCAAAACCAAUUAGAUAAUUUCAGAAAACAUGGAGUUGUAUUGA